UCCCAGUCUGACCUGUAGAACUAAAAGUUUAGAAACAGCUCAGAAGGCAUUUGAGCCACCAAGCUGGUGAAGCCAAUCCCACAGACCCCAGUUGGCAACAUUACCGUGGUGAUUUUUUGCAGAUUGGGCCACAUUGAAAGGCUAUAGAAACAAUUGAAUCUGCAAUAGCUGACUUUCUGGGCUACAAGAUUGCCUUCAUGACCUUGACUUUGUUCCCCAUCCGACUCUUUUUUGCUGCUUUUAUGAUGUUAUUGGCCUGGCCUUUUGCAUUCAUUGCUUCAAUGGGAUCUGCUGAGAGAGAACUGGAAAAGCCCCUUUCCUGGUGGCGAAAAGUAGUGGACUUUUUGCUGAAAGCAAUCAUGAGAACAAUGUGGCUUGCUGGAGGAUUCCAUUGGAUAAAUGUAAAGGGCAGACAGGCUUUACCAGCAGAAGCAGCAAUAUUAACUCUGGCUCCACAUUCCUCAUACUUCGAUGCCAUUCCUGUGACCAUGACUAUGGCUUCCAUUGUGAUGAAGGCAGAAAGCAAAGAUAUUCCUGUAUGGGGAACUUUAAUAAAAUAUAUACGACCAGUAUUUGUAUCUCGGUCAGACCAGGAUUCUCGCAGAAAAACUGUUGAAGAGAUAAAGAGACGUGCUCAAUCUGGUGGCAAAUGGCCACAGAUAAUGAUAUUCCCAGAAGGAACUUGCACAAAUCGAUCUUGUCUAAUUACCUUCAAGCCUGGAGCAUUCAUUCCUGGAGUUCCUGUCCAGCCAGUAGUUUUGCGUUAUCCGAACAAAUUGGAUACGAUCACUUGGACAUGGCAAGGUCCAGGAGCGCUGGAAAUUCUGUGGCUUACCUUGUGUCAGUUUCACAAUUUUGUGGAAAUUGAGUUCCUACCUGUUUAUAUACCUUCAGAAGAGGAAAAGAAAAACCCAUCGUUGUAUGCAAAUAAUGUCAGACGUGUAAUGGCAGAGGCCUUGGAAGUUUCAGUAACAGACUACACAUUUGAAGACUGCCAGCUAGCUUUGGCUGAAGGACAACUUCGUCUGCCUUCAAACACCUGCCUUUUAGAAUUUGCAAAGCUUGUGAGAAGCCUUGGGCUGAAACCAGAGAAGCUUGAAAAAGAUCUCGAUAGAUAUUCUCAAAGUGCCAAGAAAAUGAAAGGGAAAAGAGUCAGUCUUAAGGAGUUUGCUGCAUACUUGGAAGUCCCAGUUUCUAACACAUUAGAAAACAUGUUUGCUCUUUUUGUCGAGAAUGAAGAUGGUGUAAUUGAUCUACGGGAAUAUGUGACUGCUCUAUCCGUAGUUUGUAGACCAUCCAAAACUUUAGAAACAAUUCAGUUGGCAUUUAAGAUGUAUGAAUCACAAAAUGGAACCAUAAUAGAAAAUGACUUAGCUUGCAUUCUGAAGACUGCCUUGGGUGUAUCAGAGCUUAAUGUAACAGUCCUUUUUAAAGCUAUAGAUGCAGAAGAAAAAGGGGAAAUCACAUAUGACGACUUCUACAGAUAUACAGAAAUGUAUCCAGACUUUGCAGAAGAGUAUCUGUACCAUGAUCAGAUGGAAGUUGAGAAUUGUUUGAAGACUUCUCUUCCAGCCCCUAAUGGAUUCUGUACUGACUUCAGCCCAGAAAAUGCUGACGAUAAAAAGAAUCCCCUGCAGAAGAAACUGAAUUAAUACUGCAGCCAUCCUACUCCUCUCCUGGUGAGAGGAAUAUUUCCUUUCCUGAAAUCUUCAUAGUCACUCCAACUGUACAGCAACUAUAACUUUUGUGUGUGAAAGAUUUACUACCUUAAUACUACUCUUUAAUUCCCACAUGCUGUAUUUAUCAAUAUCUUCAAGCAUAAUUGUCAGGAGAUGGGUUUUAUUUUAUUUUUUUUCAGAAAGGUCUUAGAAAGCCAAUAAUGUGAUGUGCUUCAUUAUUAAUGCACAUACUUAAAGGGAAGCUACGUAUUUAUUUAUAUUUGAUUGGUUAGUUUCAUGUACAGAAUGUUGCACAAAGUGUGCAUGUAUAAUGAAUUGUAGCUAAUAUGGUGGUGAGUGCACUUUGGUGAUUAGUUUUUUUCCCUGUUUAGGAAGAUAUUUAUUUAGGGCCAGAUCUGCUGUCCUUAUUCACAUAGCAGUCUCACCAAUUUCAGUAGGAUUAUUCUCAUGAGAAAAGCAAGCACAUUUUGGCCCCUUGUGUUGGUUUCAGUAAAUAAUGCAAGAAACAAUUAUGAUAUUUUUUUGACUAAGGAUUACUUGCUUUUUAUUUUUGUUGUUAAAUGAUCAAGUUGUCUUUGUUUUUCAGUCCAUUACAUGGUAGAAUCAAAAAGGAAGGGGCUUUAGCUCCCAUACGUUUAUUCUUAUAUACUUAUCUGCAGAACACAGUGAAAUAUGAAAUGCUUUGAAAACAGACAUGAUAUGUCUAUGUGUACAAACGUGGCAAACUAUGCUUUCCAUGUUUUUCUGUAAAAUUAUUCAAAUAUUUCCACUUAUUAAUUAUAUGAGGAAUUCAUUAUAGACUAAUUCCUUAUGUAUUUAAUUUAGAUAUUAACCAGGAAUCACACAGGUGCAGCUUCUUUGGUAAAAAUCUGACGACAGAUACACAUGCGCAUCUGUGCAUAUACAGUCAAAUACAUAUUGUAAUAUGGAAUAAUAAUUUGUAUCAGCAUGAAUUUGGAAAGAUUGCAUUAGUUAGGAGUGGCAAAGCCAUAAGUGAGUUUUAUAAGACAUCCCAAAGGAAUGCCUUAAAACUUUAUAUUACCAUGGUGUAUAUUCUAUAUGAUGCAGAAAUUACUCCCCUCAUUCCCUUCAAAAAAAAAUUACAAAUGUUUUACAGAAGUUUUAAAAAAUGUUAUUGGCCCUAUUUCUUAUUUCUUUCCUUUUGUAAAUCCAGGUACUUUAGUUACAAGGAAUAAAACUGAGCAGGGCUCAGAGGGAGAGAAAAAUCAAAACUAAUAUAAAAAAAUUCCAAAAUGAUGUAGUUUCUCUGAAUAUAAAAACAUCAGAAGCUGAAAGCCCAAAAUGUGCCUUUAAGGGCUAGAGUAAUGCUGGGUCCCAAUGAGACCAAAGGAAUUUCCUCCUUAAUGGUAAAAAUUCUUAAUCCUUCAUGGUUAGUAACCCUAUUACUAACCCUGUAGAACUGCACUAUAUCAAACUUUAAAACUCAGGCAUUUUUAUAAUUAGAAAAGCAGCCACUGACUUAGGAUUUGAAUUUUGUCCAUCCUGGGCCAACAAACCGUGCUAAUUUCAGGCCAUGGGUGGAGAGGGGAGAGAGAAGGAGGAGGAAACCUUUCUCUGGCAGGCUGGUUUUUAAAAAUGGCAGUUGCUUGAAACUGGUUACUGUUUCGAAUGUGUUCUGGAGAGACAUACCAUCUGCCCUCCACAUGUUAAUUUCAUUAAAAGUAAGUAAUCAAUAAAUUAUUACACAUAUAUAUGCAAAUUAUCAUACAAGGAGCACAUUGGUGUGUAUGGUAUGCUACAUACCAUACAGUAGAACCUCUGAGUUAUGAACACCAGAAUUACAAACUGACCAGUCAACCACACACCUCA